AAUACAGCAAUCUUCUUGAGGGCUUUUAAGGCAUCAAUAAAGCGAUCUUCAUCCAAGUGUCCAACCAAAAUGUGUGUUACUGUUAGGUUGAAGCAAUAAACAUCGAUUCUGCUUUCUCUGUUGUUGUUGGAGACUUCAGACGAUGAUAAUUUCUCAUCUUCGUGCUUUCAUAAAAUUCAAAGGUGACUCCUUUCUUCUUCCUUCACAAAACCCUCUUUCUUCUUCACGAUUCAGUCCUCACGCCGCCCUUUUAGCUUCUCUUCUCCACUCCAAUUCCUUUUCAAAUAAUGGGGAUCGUCCUCUGUCUAGGUAUCAAAAAGUUGCCAACUUGGAUGAUGCCUUUAACCUGUUCGAUGAAAUGACACAGAGACGACCCCUCCCAUCUGUUGUCAAGUUUAAUCAACUGUUGAAUGCUGUUGCCAAAAUGAACCAUUUUUCUUGCUCUCUUGACCUUUUUAAACAAAUGUGUCUCAUUGGAGUGCCUGUUAACGAGUACUCUAUGAGUAUCGCAAUCAAGUGUUGUUGUCAGAUGUCUCGCACCAAUGACGGUUUCGCCCUCCUAGCUUCUUGCUUCAGGCGAGCUGUUGUCCCAAAUGUGUACAUAUUUAGUACACUCUUAGAUGGACUCGUCAUAGAAGAUAGGAUUCUUGAGGCAGAGAAUUUUUUUAAGAAGCUCAUCAAACAGAAACUAUGUGAACCUGAUGUAGUUAUGUAUUCCACUAUGAUCAAAGGGCUUUGCAAGUUUGGUAAUAAUGAUAUUGCCAUUGGUUUGCUUAGGCUCAUGGAUGAAAGAGGCUGUAAGCCUAAUGUUGUUAUAUAUAGCACCAUCAUUGAUAGUCUCUGCAAGGACAAACUGAUAGAGGAUGCUUUCAAGCUUUUCAAAGAAAUGGUAUUUGCAAAAGGCAUUCAACCAGAUGUCAUCACAUACAACUCUUUGAUUCAUGGUCUUUGUAACUUAUGUCGUUGGGACGAGGUCUCUAAGCUGCUAAAAGAAAUGGAGGAGGAUCUAAGGAUCUCUCCUGAUUUGCAUACCUUUAGCAUAUUAGUUGAUGCACUUUGCAAGGAAGGUAGGGUGGAUGAAGCGGAGGCUGUAAUAGACAUCAUGGUUGAGAGACGUGUGGUUCCUGACAUAGUGACAUACAAUACACUUAUAGACGGUUACUGUCUGCGAGGUGAAAUGACCAAAGCAAGGACACUUUUUGAUUCACUUACUUCUAAAGGUUUCGUCCCUAAUGUUGUUACGUAUAGCAGUUUACUGAAUGGGUAUUGCAGGAGUUUGAAAAUAGAAGAGGCCAUGCAUUUGUUUCAUGAGAUGACAAGAAAAGGUUUGAAACCUUGUAUCGUCACUUACAGCACCAUGUUACAGGGUUUGUUUCGGGUCGGACGUUGUGGAGCUGCACGCAAAUUCUUUGAUGAGAUGCAAGCACAAGGCCUUAUUCCAGAUGAAUGCACUUACGGAAUAAUAUUAGAUGGCUUUUGCAACAACCAUCAAGUUGAAGAGGCGCUCUCUUUGUUUCAUCUGGUUGGUGAUAGCAAGCUAAAUUAUAAUAUCGUGGUGUACAAUAUUCUUAUUGAUGGUAUGAGCAAAUGUGGGAAGCUUGAUAUUGCAAGGGAUCUUUUCCAAGACCUAACUCUAAAAGGUUUGCAACCUGAUGUUCGGACAUAUACUGUGAUGGUUAGUGGCUUGUGUGGGGAAGGUUUACUAAAGGAAGCAAAUCACUUGUUUCGUAAAAUGGGUGAGAGUGGCUGCCCACCAGAUGGUGUUACUUACAAUGUUCUUCUCCAGGGAUAUCUUAAGAAGCAGAAUUACGAUGAUGUUGAGAUGCUUUUACAGGAAAUGGAUGGAAGAAGGUACUCACUUGAUGCUUCAACUUUAUCGAUGUUGAUUGAUGAAAUCGCAGCUGGUUCAGUAGAUAGAAGUAUGCUUAAAUUGAUAGGUAAGCUUGUCCCAAAAGAAAUGAUGGAUACUACUGCAGUGCCUAGAUAACAAUCUGGGAGAGAGACUAAAAUCGGAAAUUUGUAUCGAAUUACUUGUGGUAUAUUCUAUCUAAUGAGUUUAUUGUUCAACAUAUUUGUAUUUUUAAUACUAGCAGUCACAUUUCAUCGACUUUAAGUAUGAAUUCCGGUUUGAUAUCUACAAAGUGGAUAUGACAGCGUUGAUCA